UCACACACGCGCACACACACGCGCGCACGCACGCACGCACAGAGCAUCCUCUCGUCAGGUCUCCCGGUCCAGCCCCGCCCGUGCCUCCUGCUUCCUUCCCGCAAACCCUUGCCCUCUGUCCCGGCCAUCCUAGCGCUCGGUUCCUUCCAGCUCGGCUCCGGGACCCUCGGGUAGGCCCCACCCCCACCCCGGCAUGGAGCGGAUCGAGCCGGCCCGCAGCCCCCCGCGGCCCGGGUGACUGCCCCCGCCCCUCCCGCCGGCCCCGCCUCAGCACCAUGGGCCUGAGGGGUUCCCGAGGCGCCGGACGGUGAAGAUGACCGAGGCUGGAGCUCACUUGAGUCAUGGCUUCUUCAAAACUCCGGGACCCUGCGGAUGAGGUUUUUGACCUGGAUUUGGCUGUGCCAGAGACCGCCAGACUGGACAGCAGUUUACACAAGGCCCGGGCCCAGCUACUGGCCAAGGGCAGGAGACACCGGCCGUCCCGCUCCAGGCUUCGGGACAGUGCCAGCUCUGCGGAGGACGGCGAAGGCUCUGAUGGGCCUGGAGGCAAGGUGACCGACGGCUGCGGGAGCCCUCUGCACCGACUGCGCUCGCCUUUGCACUCUGGCCCAGGCUCUCCAGCCGGCGGCUCUUUCUGCCUGGAGCCCCCGGGGUUGCGCCGCAGCCUGGACGAGGACGAGCCGCCGCCCUCGCCGCUCGCGCGCUACCGGCCCCUGCACAACGCCGCGUCGCACGAGGGCCUGGCUGCCGCCUCGGGAUCGCCGCCGCGCUCCGCGCCCUCCUCGGACAGCUCGCCGAGCUUCGUGCGCCGCCACCCGCGCGCCGAGCCGCACAGCGAAGAUGACAGCCGGGACGCCAGCCCCCCUGAGCCUGCCAGCCCCACCAUUGGCCUGGAUAAGAAGACGCGUCGGAAGUUUCUGGACCUGGGGGUCACCCUCCGCCGGGCCUCCACUGGCAAGAGCCGGAAGGAGAAGGGCAGCAACCGACUGUCCAUGGGAAGCAGGGAGUCAGUGGAGGGCUCUGGCAGGUCAGGGGGCUCCCCGUUCCUGCCUUUUUCUUGGUUCACGGACAGCGGCAAGGGCUCAGCAUCCUCAGGCAGCACCACGUCCCCUGCCUGCUCCCCUAAGCAUGAGGGCUUCAGCCCUAAGAAGUCAGCCUCCCAGGAAUCCACCCUGAGUGAUGACUCCACACCACCCAGCAGCAGUCCCAAGAUCCCGAGCGGCCCUCGGGAGGAGGCCAAGUGCUCCUACCCCUACCACACGCUGUCCCAGUCUUCGGAUGAGUUCUUGGAUGAGCCCCUCCCUGCCGUCCAGCACUGGACCAGCCAGCAGGUGGGCCAGUGGCUGCAGGGCCUCAGCCUGGAGCAGUACGUCGCAGAGUUCGCUGCCCGGCAGGUGGACGGGCCACAGCUGCUGCAGCUGGAUGGGAGCAAGCUGAAGAGCCUGGGCCUCAGCAAUGCGCAUGACCGGGCACUGGUGAAGCGAAAGCUGAAGGAGCUGGCAGCGGCUGCAGAGAAGGAGCGCAAAGCGCAGGAGAAGGCCGCGCGGCAGCGGGACAAGCUCCGGAGGCGUGAGCAGGAGGCCAAGAAGAGCUAGGGGUGGGCAGGGCACGCGGCACUGGGCACUGCUGCCCCAGCUAGGCGGGCACAGGCCUCACCAGGGAGGCUGGGGCUGCACCAGGCUUGGGUUGGCCUGGCCCCACACUCUGGGGGCACAUGCCCCUCUCCCCGCCUGGACCCAGAGUCCCCGGGAGGGAAACCCCAGGGAGAGAGCCCCCCAAAUAAACCCGAUUUCCAGGA